AUGGCAGUUGUUGAGUUGAUGUGGUUCCAAGCCAAACAAGCCACACUCACAUGGGAAUGUAAAACCCACAUUCUCCCCUUCGCGCGUCACUGUACGCGCCGCGCCACCACCUCCCACCUCGCCUUGGAAAUGGCGGGGAACAUCAAUGGGGAUUUUAAAACCCCUUCUCCCCAUAAAAACAAAUGCUUUCUCUCUCUCCAAAUUGCAUGA